AUGGACCGCUGUCCCAUGUACGCCUCCUUCUUUGGCGCCAUGGGUUGUGCAGUCUCCAUCGUCUUCACCACUUUUGGCGCUGCAUAUGGCACUGCAAAGUCGGCCGGUGCCAUCUUUCAGUCUGGCAUCUUGCGUCCUGACAUGCUGAUGCAGAAUACCCUUUGUGCCAUCAUGGCACAGAUCCUCUCCAUCUACGGCCUCGUCGCCAGUGUCAUCAUGUCAAACGGCAUCAAGGAAAAGAUGCCCAUCCAUACUGGCUUCCUUCAGCUCGGAGCGGGUAUUGCUGUUGGUCUGUGUGGCAUGGCUGCUGGCUUUGCCAUUGGCAUCGUUGGUGAUGCUGGAGUCCGGGCUAGCGCGCAGCAGCCGCGCCUCUAUGUCGGAAUGGUUCUAAUCCUCAUCUUUGCAGAGGUCUUGGGCUUGUACGGUGUCAUUGUCUCCAUUCUCAUGCUCACCCGCUCCAAGAUGGAUGUUACCGAGUGCAGAUACUAA